AUGGACUCACUCAAGGAAGGCGCCAGCUACGUCUCCGAGCAGGCGAAGAAGGCCACCACCGGCACUUCAAAGGAGGCCAACAAGGACAUUGCCAAAAAAUCUGACGCACCUCUCGGCGAGCGAGCUUCUGCCGCAAAGGACGCCGUUUCCGACAAGGCUAGCGAGCAAACGCACGACGUCAAGGCUGAGGUUCACAAGCAGCAGACCUAG